GUCAAAUGAGGUAAGAAAGUUGCUUUCACUUUAGUUUUGUUUUCACAUCCCCUUCAUAGCCUCACCUCUCAACCAUUGUCAUCUCCCAGUCUCAUCCUUACAAACCCUAGCAUGCCAGCCACCGCCAACGCCCAGUAGGGGCAGCGUAAUUAAGCAGCUACCGUCCAAGCCGCCGGCUUCCGUUUCCACUGUGCUGCCUUCUUCUCUCCCCCAAUUAUCUCUCAAAGUCUCAAACGCCAUAUUUCUUAAGAAGCCACAGUUCCAUGGCAACUCCACUUCCAAACCACACGGUUCUUGACCAACUCAGAACUGGUACGGCUCAAUUCGAGAUCGUAUCCUCCCCAUCCCCAUCCCCUUCCACCACAAACACCAUACACUCUUUCCUGAAAACCAACCACAACUCCCCAUCAUUCUUCGCCAGAAUCCGGCCUCCACUUCCCCCACCAGCCAAAAGGGCAGAGCGCUUCAGGGUUGAGAAGGUAGCUGGGGACGGGAGGUGCCUGUUCCGUGCCCUAGCGAAGGGCAUGGCCAGGAACAAAGGGAUCCUCACCCUAACCCCGCGACAGGAGAGAGAGGACGCGGACGAGUUGCGAGCUGCUGUCAAGGAGGUGAUAUGCGAGGACCCGAACGAGCGGAUGCUGUAUCAGGACGCAGUCGUUGCGAUCACGGUCGAAGAGCCACUGGGAAGAUAUUGCCGGCGCGUAGGGCGGUCGGACUUCUGGGGGGGAGAGUCCGAGUUGCUGGUGCUGUCCAAGUUGUGCCGACAGAGGAUUGUGGUGUAUAUACCGGCGAAUGGCGGUUCGGGUUUUAUUCCCAUAGCGGAGUACGGAAAUGGUUUGGGGAAGAGGGAAGAGCCAAGGCAGGUUGUUAGGUUGCUAUAUAGUGGGGGGAAUCACUAUGAUUUACUUGUUUCAUGAGAAAAAAAUACUUGUAUAAUGUAUUCUCCAGUUCUUGAGUCUCUUGGACUCGUUUGGUGUAAUGAAAUGUGAUGCAUGUAUUGAGGAAAAAAUAUUUGGAAGGUUAUAAUUUUCUAUUUGUGACAUUGGAUUUCAAUAUUAUAUUAUUAUGACCUCUUUGGAGUUUCUACACUUGUUUUAUUGUGUUCCG